CCCCGCGGCUUCUCACACCCUCUCCUCCUCCUCCUCCUCCUCUCUCUCUCUCUCUCUCGAUCAAUCGCCUCCUCUCUUCAAUUCAUUCCUCGUCGGCAAGGCAACUUGAAGCAGCCUCCCCUUUCAUUCAGGCCCACCAGCCCUUAAUCUGGCUGGCGCUGGUAGUAGCUUGAUCUAGCUAGCUUAGCAGCUAGGCUCUGACCCUGAUAAUGAUCUUGGACUCCAGCAGCUGCUUCUUCAUCAUCGCCCACGCGCUGGUUCUCCACACUAGGAAGAGCUUUUAUUUCUGGAUUUUCCACAUCUUCAACAGAUAUCCCCUCCUCCUCCUCCUCCAUUGCCACUGAUUAAUUUCUAAUACAACAGUCUGCGUAUACAUCUGCUCAUCAUCUGCCUGAAAUAUUUACUUUGGCAGUUGACAUUAUAUAUAUUUCGCCUCAGUUAGUGUUGGAUCGAUCGGCACCAUUUGCUUCUUCUUCUUCUUCCUGUCCUCGAUUGCGUCUUCCCAUCUUCCAUCUCUUUCUUGUGUUCCUGCCUGGAUAGUGGAUACCCUUGCAAGUGUGUGCAUUCAUAUCAUCGCUUCGCUGCCAUGGGAACCAUGACUCUGCCGCCCGGCUUCCGGUUCCACCCGACGGACGACGAGCUGGUGGGCUACUACCUCAAGAGGAAAGUGGACAACCUCAAGAUCGAGCUCGAGGUCAUCCCCGUCAUUGAUCUCUACAAAUCCGAGCCAUGGGAACUACCAGAGAAGUCUUUCCUGCCGAAACGAGACCUGGAAUGGUUCUUCUUCUGCCCCCGGGACCGCAAGUACCCCAACGGCUCCCGCACCAACCGCGCCACGACGACGGGGUACUGGAAGGCCACCGGCAAGGACCGCCGCAUCGCCUGCGACGGCGGCGUCUACGGCCUCCGCAAGACGCUCGUCUUCUACCGCGGCCGCGCCCCCGGCGGCGAGCGCACCGACUGGGUCAUGCACGAGUACCGCCUCUGCCAGGACAUCGCCCACGGCGCAUGCAACUUCAUCGGUGCCUACGCGCUGUGCCGCGUGAUCAAGCGGCACGAGCUGCAGGGCGGCGAGCCGCCGGCGGGCAGCAGGGCGAAAGGCGCCGCCGCCAGCAGCAGCAGCGGCAGCGCGAGAGGGCAGAUGAGCAAGGUCUCCAGCAGCUCGUCCCUCGUCACCAGCGAGCAGCUCAGCGCGUCGUUCACGCCCUCCAACUCCAACAGUCCACCUCCUACUCUGGACGUGGGGAUGUUCCAGUUCCAGAGCCCCGUUGGCGUUGGGUACGCCGGCGUGACGGCGACGGCCACCACCGGCACAGGGGGGCUGCCGUGGAGCCCACUGCCUCCGCCCCUGCUCCUGUCGUCGUCUCCCCACGACACGUUUUUCAUCGGCGACGACUUCCCCGCCACGGCCGCGGACGAGUCGCGUUCGCACGCGCACUUGUUCGGCGGCGACAUCAUGGGGCUGGGCAGCAUCUCGGAGCACGAGCUGAAAUGGGACAGCUUCCCAAAUACAUUCUCGAGUGGUGCCGACACGUGGAACACGGCGGCGGUGGCGGCGAGCCCGACGAUGCUGUGCCGGCAGGCCAGCGACGGCAUCGAGGACCUGGCGGCCAUCUUCUUCCCGGACGACAACAGGAUCGUCUUCUGAUGUCAACGGAGCAGUGCUCUGUCUGCAGCACCUGGUUUUCAGUUGCAUGCUCCUGAAGAUGUGUGGCAUGCAUGUGAAGCGACUGUGGGAAAUAAUCAAGGCUCUCGAUCAGUGACCUGCUCUCUCUUAGAACUGGCGGUAUAUUUUUCAGCCAACGAAGGGGAGAUACUAGCAUAUAUAUACAUAGUAUAUGUCUACAUUCUGAGUUUUACAAGCUGGUAAUUAAGGUUAAGAUAAAAAGGAUGUUGGGAAUUACUGGUGUUGGUUGCUACGGAGUGAUGCCAUCUUUUAUUGCGGUCUUCUCUGUAGCACUGGUGCUGUGUACCGUGUCAUCACUUUUCUAAUGCGUGUGUCACUUUCCACCUAGUACUAGUACUUCUGUGCUUGACCUGUCCUGUGCUGUGUACGACAAUGCAAUAUUGCACUGCUUUGUAGCCUUACUUGUUAACCAUUCUUAAUU